GUAAAGUAAAAAAAAUGUAGGCAUAACAUCUUUUUGAAAUGCAAAAUAAAACAGGCACUACAGAGAAUGAAUUAUAGACAGCUCUUUGAAAAAAGCGAAAUGGCGGGGCAAGCUGGAGCAGGAAAUGAUAUGUCCUUUCUUCCGUUGGUUCAUGAGAUAAUUCGAGGGAUGGAUAUGGAGUCCCCAGACGUCAACCAGAAGAUUACUGAACUGAAAACAAAAUUCCAGAAAUGUCGGACAAUGGUGGAAGAAAUGCCAGGUAUUGACUGCAGUGAGGAGGAACAGAAACAACAGAUAGAGCAGCUCAGACAACAGGUCACCACAAAAACAGACUUACUGAAGAAGUACAAGAACAUGUGUGCAUUUGAGCUGCCAAGAUCGUGACAAAUGAGAAUCGUUUCAUAGUGGAGUUAUAGUGUUAUACUAUAGGUAGGCUUUUAGCCAGGCUUGUGUCAUGGUGUCAUCUGGACGCAUUUUUCUUAAAAUAACAACAAAUUGGACGCACUAGAUGCCCUUACACUGGGGAACAGAUCCUCUGACAAGCAAGAAAUUCUGAUUGACCAGGGAUGCCUCUCGGUCAUCUGUGGUCACAGUAGAGGACUGUGACCUCUCUGGCAGUAAUUUUGCCCCUCAGGAUAUCUUAGAAUGCACCAUUUUGACUUUAAAAUUCUCUUAAACUCAGCACUAUGGAAGGCGGAUACCCUCGGACCCUCCUACAAAUUACAAUAGUCGCACCUAUAUAACUUACCAUGACUCACCAAGAAAUUUGGGCUCCCUAUAAUAUGAUCUUAGCUAAUAGCCUGAGUAUAGGUGUCAACAAUGUUACUGUAGCUGUCUUGAAUGCACUUGUUAUGUGACAUUUUCAGUGGUGACAUUGAAAGUGUCUGUGCUAGAAAUAAAAGACUGUAACAAAAUAGCAAACUUGUAGAAGGCACUUAGCAAGAUGCAAUAAUUGUUCAGAAUCGUCAUGGGAUGGCUUUGUUUUGAAAUUUGUUUCAAGACUUCUUUGCACUCAGUUAUACUUCUCAAAGCCAUGUAGGUCUAUUAGAUGACAUAUUCUUUCUUUGAAGUUAUUGCUUAUUAGAACUUUGUGAUUGACUGGUCUUGUGAAGAACCAAAGCACAGACUAGACACCAGAAAGCAGUUACUCGAGCAACUGGAUAUGUUUUGGCAUAUAUUAUUACCCUGAUGCCUUACGUUCAUUGACGCACAGACUAUGCCUUUUUGUAUUUACACGUGUAACAUUGUCGGAAUAAAACUUUGUCUUGUGUCUUCUGUA